AUGCUGCCUUUCGCCGCAAAGCUCGUGCUCGUCUUGGUCUGGGCAGGCACAAGCGCUGCACACGACCUCGACCUCCCUCCAGCGCCGCUCCGACGCCAAAGACCAUAUAGCAACCGAACCAUCAUCGACCCGCCUUCUUCGUCGCCGCCGCCUGCCAAUCCCUCCGUCCAUGCGCCGAGCAGUAGCAGCCCCGGCGCACCAACUGCAAUCUUUAGCUACCGCCCUCCCACCUACAUAUCAUCACCUCCGAAGCCCUCAGCACACCUGCCACCGGCCACACCACCCUCGUUCAAUCCACCACUGCCAUACCCAACAAACGCAACUUGUGGAGGCGCCACCUUGAACAUCGCUAAUGCAUCACUCGACUACUGGUACCCCGAGACCUACACGCACGUCGACUCAACAUUCGUCAUUCAGUACAACCACAAUGACACCUCGACCGCAUGGACCCUGCUUCCCGCGAGCGACACUCUCAACAUCACAGCAGCCGUGGAAGCUCCGUCGUGUAUAUCGCUGACAGCCUUCAACACUGCACUCAACUCGACCAUGCUGGAGUACUCCUGCUGGGACACUCCGACCCCACGUGCAGCAGCGACAACAAGUGUGGAGCAGACAGCAUACAUUCCUGUGAAUCAAACAACUUCCAAGGGCUCAAUCCCAGACGUCGUGGUGACUCCCACCCCUGCAGCGCUGACCAUUGCGAGCUCCAACACAGUCGCUCAAGGAACUCCAGUGGUGCAUUUCAGUCAAGUCGAGAUCAUCAGCAAGAAACCUCGGGCCGGCGCGUACAAUGGCACAGUGCGCUGCGAGACGACCACGACCGUGCACCAGCUCUCGGAGCCAUUGAGCUUCGAAUACGAGGAAGGUGCACAUGUAAAUGCGAUGUCGGUCAAGGGCAAAAUACACGCCGCAGUAUUGCAAGCAGUGGAAGACGAUUCUGGCCUACCACUGUCAAGCGUGUCGGUGGGCACCUUCGACGCCGAGCCGACCGUGGUGAUAGUGGUGCAAAAGGUCCUCGCAGCGGCUGUAGCCACACCAGCUGGCAUACCACAGUCUGUCCUCUCGCUUGAUACACCCACGCCUACUUUGCCAUCCGGCUUGUCCCUUGUGGAGACUACUCCGACUGAUACGGGCAUCAUCUGGGCUCCCUUUACUGCACACGUCGAAUCCUCUGAUACUGCAUUGAUCAUCCCGACCAAGACAGGUCCCGCCAGAGGCAGUGUUGUGGCACCACCAACGACCACACGGCGCCCACUGACACCCGUUCUAUUCACUGCACACAUCGAGAGCAGCGAUCUGAAUCUGCUGAUUCCUCAAGACCCGACCGCGACGAACAAGGUGGUGACGGCCGUCUUCAGUGGAAUUACUGUGACCGCGUCCAGAGUGAACAAUCCUACCCCGGGAGGUGCAAACAAUGUCGGACCUGUUCUCUCGGCCAUCAUCAGUGCUGCUGCUCAGCCUGCAAAACCUACAAACGCCGCCCAGGUCUUGAGCAAUGCUGAGCAGACUUUCGCAAAUCCGACUGCGGCUGCCAUUGCAUCCGGCAUAGGUGGACUUACUCGCCCUGCUUCUGGCUCUGGCUCUGGCUCUGGUCCAAUAGUUCAACCUGGACAGAACCCAGUCUUCAGCGUCGGCACUUCGAUGGUUACAGCCAUCAACGUUGGACGAGGUGCUUUUGUCAUAUCUGGCCAGACGGCAUCAGCAGGUGGCGCACCUAUCACGCUUGGCGGACAAGAGGUCUCCAUUGCUCUUGGCGGUACUGCCAUUAUGGUUGACGGCACUGCUGCGCAACUUUCCUCGCCUACAAACCCAGGAGCGGUCGCCAAUAUCCCGCUGAUCACCGUGGGAUCGCGGGUAUUCACAGCCAAUGCGGCUACUCAAUUCAACAUCGGCGGAUCGGUCUUGACUCCAGGAGGGCAAGUCGUCGUGCAAGGUACCACGAUCAGCCUAGCGCCAGACGCAACACGAGUAGCAUUUAACGGGCUUGGCUCCCAGCUCUCGCCUCCUGCCAUCACAGCACCUCCUAUGCUGACGGUGGAUGGGAGAAUGUAUUCGGCAAAUGGCGGGGCGACAUAUAUCAUCUCAGGCCAGACACUGACACCGGGUGGCGCCAUCACUAUCAACGGACCCAAUGGAUUAGAGACCAUCUCUAUGAACAAUGAUGCGAAUCAGCUAGUAAGCAUCGCUAACGGCCACACUGCAACGUCAUAUAUGGGCAUGGUAGGCGCAGCACCAGGCGGUGCUCCAAUCUUGACAAUUCACGGCCACACUUACACCGCUAUUGACUACGAUUCUGGUUCUGGCGCGACUUAUGUCAUUGACGGACAGACCCUUACCAUCGGAGGUACCAUCACAGUCGGUGGAGAGACGAUAUCCCUCCUGCCAGGAGGCACAGCUAUCAUGUUGGCUGCAGCCGGAAGCUCGACGAUAUCGCAAAUCGACGGGGCAUACGGCGUCAAGCCUACGGCAGCUCCGAUCUUGACUAUUGGCGGAGAGACGUUCACGGCAAUCAAUAAUGGUGCUACAUAUAUCAUCAAUGGAGAAACCUUGACGCCGGACGACAUGGAGACCGUCACGAUUGACGGACACACGUAUAUCAUCAGUCUGUCACCUCACGCGACACUCCUGGAGAUCGUCGAGGUUGGCUCCAAUGGCCAACCAAUCACCACUAUCUAUGAAACUCUCUUCCCAGCGGCAGCAACCAGCACGACUGUCGCAUCCUUCACACAUGGUACCGCAGCGACCGCGGGCGCAUCGCCUUCCACCACUGCAUCACCUACCAGCGCAGAAGGCUCCAGCUCAUCUAACGGCGCGCCACCAUCUACAUUCAUUCCAUUUACCGGAGCUUUAAUCGCUCUCGGAUCCUUAGCAAUGGCGAUUUGGCUAUAGCAUACUGAAGAUACCCACGGCAGAAAAGAAUAAGGUAGAAAGCCUUUACACAUUACGAAACGAAGUCACGAAGAACAAAACUCCCUGGAGCAGGGAACUUACGAAACCUCAGGAUCCGGCGCGGCGCAUUAAUGUAUUGUAUUGUAAUGUCUGACUUUGAAAACAUUUGUGGUCAGAGUGAGUGUGUGUUGUGAGAUUGAUCAGCGUGGCGUUUGGAGCGUAGCAUAUCGCCAUGUGGUGGAUGAGGUUCGAGGACGUUCAUUUUCUUGCGCGAUAGAGAGAGAGAGAGAGAGAGAGAGAGAGAGAUCGAUCUUUUUAGCAUAUAUGGUGCGGCUAGUCGGCAAGUUGUCGAGCAAACACGUUAUUGACAGACAUCUUCCCUGCG